CGCAACUCUGUACAGUUAUCCUAUGCUAUCCCUGGCAAUCGAAUAAAGAAAUGGAGCCGGUCAAUCGAUUUAAGACCCGACAAUCAAUGUCACUAGCGCUAUAUAUACGCGAGUCUAACUCGCGACAAUCAAAAAAGCACUCUCCGAUGACUGGUGACUAGCGGCUUGCCUGUUUCGUUUACGCGCAACGACAAAACUACGUCAUGCAGAGUAGCAUAAAAUCUAAAAAAACCGGCCCAACCAGGUCUCACAAAAAACAACGUAUGAAUAUACUCGCUGGUUUCAUAGUCCUCGUCGUCCUCCCUUUCAAAGUCGGAGGGCAAAGCACCACCGAAUCCAUUACGAUAUCUGUACCGCCGGAGGUGACUUCCUUCCUCUCAAGUGUUUCCGUGUCUAUCCCAAGCAGCGGUGUUAUCCCAUUUUUCCCGUCCGAGUCGAGCUUGAUCAGUUCGGUCUCUUCCCUCGCGAGCGAGGCGUCGUCAAUCGCAAGUGUUUGUGCAACCAGUACGGGGACCUGUACAGCGAAUACUGGUCUCCAAAAUGCUGUGUCAGGUGGGAUGGUGAUUGCAAGUGUAGGUGUGGGGCUGUUGGCGAUGGUUAUCUAAAAACGCGUCAGGAUUCAUUGACGAAAAAGAUGAUGACCAGGCAGUGAAGACUGCUGGGGGGUUGCUGAUCCCAUGAAAAGUAUCGGAUCGAUAUAACAAGAUCAUGUAUCAUUACCACAUUUUUACUCACCUACGUCGAUGAGGUUUGCUCUUGAUAAUGAUUUGAGACGCGUUGUCUUCGGUUCUCUCACGGGUUGU